GUCGAUGUUAUCAUGAUUAGCUUGGAUAAUCCGACGCCACGACUUCGCCAUGGGUGGGUUCGCAAAGUAUGUGCGGUAAUGAAACGCGCCGCCUCCCAUCCUGGAGCACUCAAGCUUGCCACACGACCGACCAAGGACACGAUCAGGGAUUUUUCCGAGAGGUCUGGGGAAGAGGAAGCACUUGCUAUCGUGGCCAUAUUAGGCUUCGACAACCUCGCGCUACGCCUUCUGAACCGGAACAUCUGUCCGUUGAAGAGGAUACGCCUGUUUGAGAGCUAUGCCAUCAAGUUUGCUGUCGAAAGGGGUCGCACUACUAUGGUCCAGAACAUGCUGGCUCACUCUAGCAGCGGCGCAGAUCGCGACCAGAAGCGUGAACGCAAGAUCAUGAUCAGGCGCUGCAUCGAUUAUGUGCUGGCCAAAAAUGACAAGAUUGCGGCCGACCUACUGCAUUGGUAUAUCACCCACGGCAAGUGCAGUCCCGGCACGGAAUGGUUCAAGCGAGCUUGUGAAGCUGGUCAGGUACAGUUCUUGUCGAUGAUGCUGGACCCAUCACAGAAGAAAGAGUUUUCCAGCUAUCGGCACUCCUAUCUAGGCCGCCAUCUCUACAAAAAUGCAACCCACCUCAUACCUGUCUUCUUGGCCAAGGGUCUCUUCGACGCUGACAACAUCAACGACCCUCAACCGGAAUCCGAGGAAGAGAAUAUACACCGCGGAACGAGCCGUCAUUCGCAGUCCCUCCUCGAUGUCGCAGUGGGUCAAGGUCAGCUGGAGCUUGUUCGCACUGUUCUCAAUGCUGGCGCGCAUCCAGACGGUGUGAAGCUUCACCGUUCCCCAUUCUCCUACCCGAUCAAGAGAGCUAUCAAGCAUCACAGGAUUGAUAUCGCAAACUUGCUGAUCGAGCGAGGUGCUGACAUCACAGCUGGUGGUCAAGAGAUGUGAAC